AUGGGGCCGCUGCUCGCCGUGGGCCACAAGAAGGCCCUCGGCCUCGACGACGUCCCGGGCCUCGACCCCGGCGACAGCGUGGCCGGCCUGCUCCCCUCGUUCAAGGCCAACCUCGCGACGGUCGCCGGCGACGGCACCACGAGCCAAAGGGUGACGGCGUUCAAGCUCGCCAAGGUCCUGGUGCGCACCUUCCGCUGGCACGUCGCGGUGACCGCGCUCUACGCUCUCGUCUACAACGUGGCCACCUACGUCGGCCCGUACCUCAUCGACUCCCUCGUGCAGUACCUCAACGGCGGCGACGAGAGGCGCCCGAGCAAGGGGCAGCUCCUCGUCCUCGCCUUCAUCGCAGCCAAGGUGUUCGAGUGUUUGUCGCAGCAGCACUCGUGCUUCCGGCUGCAGCAGGUCGGGAUACGCGCGCGGUCCGCGCUGGUCGCCGUCGUGUACGAGAAGGGGCUGGCCCUCUCCGGCCGUUCCAGGCAGGCCCACUCGAGCGGCGAGAUGGUCAACAUCGUCGGCGUCGACGCCGACCGCAUGGCGAUGUUCGUCCUCUACUCCACUCUCGGGCUUGCCUCGCUCGCCGCGCUCGGCGCCACCGCGGCUGUCAUGCUCGUCAACGUCCCUUCGGUGAAAGUCCAGGAGAAGGUCCAGCAGAAUCUGAUGAGGAGCAAGGACGUUCGGAUGAAGGCGACGUCCGAGAUCCUGCGCAACAUGAGGAUCCUCAAGCUGCAGGGGUGGGAGAUGAAGUUCUUGUCCAAGAUCAUCGCCCUCAGGAAGACGGAGACGAACUGGCUCAAGAAGUACCUUUACACCUCGACCAUGAUCACCUUCAUCUUCUGGAGCGCCCCUACAUUCAUCGCCGUGGUCACCUUCGGAGCGUGCGUCCUGAUGGGGAUACCAUUGGAGUCGGGCAAGGUGCUGUCUGCAUUGGCCACACUCCGGGUGCUGCAGGAAUCGAUAUACAACCUUCCAGACAGGAUCUCGGCCAUCAUCCAGACCUAG